UGUCCAAUGACACUGUUAGCACAAACAAUGUGGCAACGCCAGCCAGCCAACAAAAUUAUAAGCAGCAGCCGCGUUGUACCAUUAUUCUCAAUAGUUUUUGAAAACUCAAAGCAGCAUUAUUGACAAGACCGGAUUAGAAUAGGCAGCGUAUCACAUGAACAUGUCCUCCAAUCGAAAGUGCCGCUUCCAUGUAAAUGUAAGCGAUACGGAAGAUAAGUUAGUGCAAAGUCUUAGUGAUGUGCUAAAACGUUGCUCGAGUCAAGCUCUUGAAAAUGCGAAAACAUUUCGCGUUGGCCUUUCAGGUGGUUCGCUCGUGCAGCUCUUGACUAGUGCUCUGGUUUCAAGUGGACUGGACACGAAAUGUUGGCAGUUUUUUUUCUGUGACGAACGUUAUGUGGCACAAGAUCACAAUGAAUCAACGUACUGGGCGUACAAAACUCAAAUGCUAACUAAACUACCAAACAUUUUGGAUAGCCAAUUUAUUAAAGCCGAUACGUCCGUGUCGUUGGAUAAGUGUGCCAGUGAUUAUGCUGAACGUAUUGUGAAUGAAUUCGGUACAAGUUGUCCAGUAUUUGAUUUGCUGCUCUUGGGCAUGGGACCGGACGGACAUACAUGUUCCUUGUUUCCGGAACAACCGGCUAAUUUGGCGGAAACCGAACGUUUAAUCAUUCCGAUUCGGGAUUCCCCAAAACCACCACCAGAACGUAUAACAUUUACGCUGCCACUGAUCAAUAAUGCCAAAGACGUCGUUUUUGUUGUAACAGGCGCCAGUAAAUCUGAUGUCGUAAAGCGCGUAUUUGCAGGCAUGGACAAAAAAUUUCCAUCUGCAUGGGUGGAGCCGACGCAUGGACAAUUGACAUUGAUUGCAGACAGUGCCGCAGGAGAAACGUUUCUUGGUCAAACCUGUCAUUGUGCACAUGAAACCAACUAACUAUUGUAAAUAAUUUCUAAACAAUAAAGAUAUCUGGUGCUGUUUGCGUUGGCAUUUUGAAAA